AUGUGUUGUGCUGUGUCAGCAGGGGCGUACUCGGGCCGGCGAGGCGAGGUGGUGCUCCCGAGGCGCGUGGACAGCAGCGGCGCGCACCUGUCGCACGACGUGCGCCACGGCCACGGCCAGGCCCCGGGCUCCGGCGUGCUGCACGUGUGGCUGCCGGCGGGCGGGCGCGGCCUGCUGCUCGAGCUGCGGCCGAGCCGGCGCUUCGUGGGCGCCGCGCUGCGCCGCUCCGCCGACUGCCACUACCGCGGCGCCGUGCGGGGGCAGCCCGGCUCCGUCGUCGCCGUCUCCACCUGCCGAGGCCUGGCGGGCCUGGUGCGGACGGAGCACGGUGAGUUCUGGGUGGAGCCAGCGCAGGGGUCGACGCCGUCGGAGACGCAGCCUCAGCCGCACGUGGUCACCCGCCGGGAGUCGACCUCUCACCACCUCCUCCACCACCAGCACGAGCACGACCAGGGGAGCGAUCACGACCACGCGGGCGGCGGCCGCGGCAGGCGCAACAAGCGGCGCGCCCACCGGGAGCGCAACUGCGGCACCAAGCGUCAGUAUUCCGCACUACGCCGUUACUGCCUAGCUAUGAAGGGGGCGCCGCCUAUUGCAUUGCAGGUUUUCUUGGCGUGGGUAUUUCUUGGCGUGGAUAACACUACACCGAAAAUAAAUACAGUAUCUGAUUAA